UAUUGAUGCUUCAAUGAAUUAAUUUAUUGUACAAAAAUACCCACUAGGUUAAGUACAAAGGAGUCGCUUUUGUUUACAAACAAAUAUACAUGAUAAAGCUAGCACUAGUUCUAUCAUCUAGUGCGUAAAUUUGAAUUCUAGUUUUUCAAUAAAAACAGCCCAUCCCAUGUUUUCACAGGUGACUUCUUGGAUUCAACCUAUGGGAACAGUGAAGAAACAGCCCCAGUUCUUUCAUUUAAAAUCAACUAGACUAAGUCAACCGACAAAACCUCCAAGUCUAAAGAAGAUCGCUGAACCGACGGUCAGUCAUUGGAAAACAGAUUCAUGCCCUCAAACAACAACCAUACAAAAAGAAAAGAAGUGCGGAUUUUUCUCUGUGCUUCCUUAUGUUAAACAGCUCAGGUUUUUCGUAGAGUCCGGGGGAAAAUUUGAGGUCGGGGACACGUUACGUGUCGUUUUCCUGGCUAAAGACAAACAAGGGAACAUAGCAACUAACGUCGGUGACUUCUUCCAGGCGUCCAUUAUUAAUAUGAAAACCAAGUCUGGUGCAGUUGGGAUUAUCAAGGACCACCAGAAUGGCACGUACACAGCAACUUUCCAACUGUUGUGGUCGGGAGAGGUGAACAUAAUUGUCAAACUUAUUCACCCACGUCAGGCCAUAGAUGUCAUAGAAAGGACAGCCUGUGAACAUCCUUUUGACAAGCUUAUGUUUCUGAAACGAUACAUUAUUGGUGCGGCUAAAAUCGACACCAAGUGUAACGUAGACCCGGCUGUGUUGAACAGCCACACCCCGGUGUGUAACUACUCCGACCCACAUGCAGGAGGCUGGUGGUACUGUGAGAAAGCCGCUAACAUCUCCUGUGAUACUCCCGGGUAUCACUGCAGGCUUUCAACGCAUCAGAUCAAGCUGCUGAGAAAAGAUGAAAAAAAGCUGUUCGGCAGGGGAAUGAACGGAGUGAAGAGAGCCAUAGCUGGAUCACCGUCUAAAGUGAACGUCGAGAAAGGGUUGGAUCCUUUGAUCAACCGGCCCCGGUGCACGCCGGGACUUCCGACCCCACCGAUCUCCGGAUUUUAUGCCGGAGGCGUCUGGAACUCACUAAUCUGUCACAACAGACACUUCUCCAACCAAUCAGAAUGGAGGACAUGUCUGAAGGGGAAGACCCUUCAUUUCAUGGGAGACUCCACCAUACGACAGUGGUACGAACAGUUGGUUGAGCUCCUAAACCUUUCCGAAAGUUCACUUCCGGACGCCACCCACCAGACUGGACCUCUGCUUGCUCGUGACACCACAAACAACAUAACAAUAAAAUAUCGUGCCCACGGCACACCUCGACGUUGCAAUUGGGCCCCGGUCUCAAACUUACAAUACGUUUCCAACCUCAUUGAUAGAAUAAAAUGGGGACCAAACGAUGUCGUGGGAAUCUCUGUCUGGGCCCACUUUACCUCGUACCCUGUGGACAUGUACAGAGAGAGGAUGGAGGCCAUCCGAGCUGCGAUUCAAAGGCUGCAUCAGAGGAGUCCCCAGACCCUUGUGGUCAUCAAGUCCGCCAACACGCGGAUGGGAGACGAGCUCAUCGCCGGAGACUGGCUGGCGUACCAGCUGGACUUGGUGAUGAGAGAAAUGUUCCAGGGGAUGAACGUCGUUCUGGUAGAUGCCUGGGAAAUGACAACUGCACAACAAUGGCACGGAGACGCUGUCCACCCUGCAGGUGACAUCGUCAUACAAGAACUGGAAUUCCUGUGUUCUUUUCUUUGAUUUCUCUCUCUGUAACGUUACUUGUGUAUGACUUGGUUUAACUAGCAGUUUGAUUUCCAGUUAGUAAUUGUAUAAGCUAGGUGAACUAACAGUAUGAAUAGUGAUCAUGAUCCUAUUUGCAUAAUCAGGGGUUAUAAUCUAUAAUUUGUCAGUCAUAAAGUUUGUCAUUA